CGCGCAUCCUUUUCAGUCAUGCACGCCUCCCUUCUCGUGCUUCUCCGCCCACUUUCUCUUUACUUGCAGUCGGACGAUAAUUCAGAAUACGCCGCUGUAUCCGAAGAGUUUGAGGAGAUGGAUGGAGAAUUAUUUACAGAUUCAAAGCAGGAUUGGGCCAGUGCAUCUGAAUCUGACUGGAUGAACGAGACGGGGAAAGGGAAAGGAAAACAAGGGGGGAAAAGAAAGAUGAAUCAACAAAACAGUAGCAAGAAGAAAAUAGCCAGAAGUAAAAACUUUAGGCUUCCAGACCUGAAGAAGAUGAAUGCUGAAUCAGUUAUGAAGCAGAUUAAGCCAGAAUGUGAACUGAAGGAAAACUGCUCAGAAACUGAUUUUAAUGAAGAUGACAGAAGGAGAAUGAAAGAAAAAACGAAAAAGCAAAGAUGCUUCAAGCAGAGUUACAACAAGAGACCAUUUUCCCACCAAAUAUCCAGUGUAAACGGGCAAACCAAGAAUAAAAAUGACACAGGGGUAGACGUAACAGAUGUCUUUCAAGAAGUCAGAAAUAAGAAACUGCUGGCUGUUCGUUGUGGAAAAAUGGCAGGUUGUCUGUACAGAAUAAAAUAUGACAAUGGUAAGUUUUGGGA